AGCUGAUUUAAUUGUCAAAAUUACUCUUAUUCCAUGUUAUAAAUUUCGGUAGUGUUUUCGUAAUACAUUUUCCCAUUUAGGUUUUUAACUGAAAGUAUAAAUUUAUUUCAAAAAAGUGGGGAAAAUGUCGCUCACUCCCGCUAGUGGUAUUGGCCGUUAUUAUAAAAAUUCGGCUAAAAUUAUUCGCUUUGUUCGCUUAGGUUGCACCAAUCGACCCUUCUAUCACAUCGUUGUUAUGGAGCGGCGAAAAAAUCAACAUCAACCAGUAAUAGAACAAGUUGGCACCUAUGACCCAAUGCCAAAUGUUCAAAAAGAACGUUUGGUUUCUUUCAAUUUUGAACGUAUACGCUAUUGGUUGGGUCGUGGAGCACAUUUGUCCACACCAGCAGCAGAAUUACUUGGCAUUGCUGGUUUCCUACCCAUUCAUCCGCGCACUUAUAUGACCGCGUGGAGAAACAGGCAAAAAGUAGGUCGAGGAGAAGAAACCGACGGAAAAGAUCCCGUAGCUGCAUGAUAGAUUGCUUUAGGUAUAUAGCAAUGUUUUGGUUUAACAAUGAAUGUAUAAACAUUUUUGGAUUACAAACCUGCUUACCAAGAACAGAAUGUUUCAUUUAUAUAUAUUAACAAGUUUUUUAUUACAUUGUUUUAUUUGAUCAAGCAAUAAAGCCAAAAAAAAACAUUUAAUGUUCCUAAUUUUCUUUCUUUUUUUUUACAAUAAAAGUUCAAUAUUUCAAUUUAAAUACAAUAAAAAUUUUAAAAGCAACGAGUAAGCUUUUUUUGGAUUGGUGCAAAAUGCUAGUAUCAA